UCUAGAAUUGUUUUCGCGCUUUUUAAAUUAGCGCCUUUCGCGGGUAGUAUAUUUCCGUGAAAUUAAAUAGCCGCGAAAAACUCUGUUCUAACAAAAACGCGAAAGAUUCUAGCUUCAGCUUAUAUAGAUCGCUAUAAAAUGGUUCUGUGCUUACACAUACCUGGAUACUAAUAAUUCAUAUUCUAGUACCGUAAUUGUAUAACAUGAGUGCACAAACACACAUUAUUUCAAUUGAUUUACAAUUUACUUAUUUAUGAAGCAACAGCAUUUUCAAUAUCGAUCCGUAAGGCAAACAGGGGAUAAAAACAAAAACAAUAUGCAUCUAUCGAACGACAUAUACAUGCAAUUUGCAGUCGGCAGCCAAUACGAUAUAUUAAUUAUUCAGCUUUGAUAAUAUUUUGUAAACAGUAAUGCAAAAAGCUAUGCAAACGUAACCAUUCACUUUUAUUUGUGUUCAUCCAAUUCGGAGAAACAUUUUUAAACCGAAACUCUUCCUUCUUCAAAUAUAUCAGCUGAAGUGUUCGUAUGAUUUGUGUCUACAUUUCGAAACUAGUGUAGAAGUUUAAACUUAAAGAUGGAUGCUAUAUUACAUCUUUCAACAUAUUUUCUAUGGAUUGGAGUCGUCGCCGGUUCCUGUAAUCCUGGGUCUUCAGAAUGUAUUUCUAUAAAAGGUUAUGAUGGAUACCAAUGGGCAACUUGUCUGACGGAAAACUAUAUUCAGACGAAAUCAGAAGGGCGCCACAAAUGCAUAGAAAACGUAAAUACCUGUUGGUAUCAGUGCAUGCUAGAGCUCCACAGAAAAGAGGAUGGACUUGUGCAUCGUGACUGUUCCUGCACACGGAAUGAUCCUAGUAAUCGUCCAGUUGCUCUACCACUUUGGUGUUACAGUCCAUCCGGCGAGAAUUGUCUGUGGUACAGAGACUGUCUUGAGACACAGUAUCCAUGCAAGGGACAAGAUGAUUCGUUUGCCUUGUUUUCGCAAAAAAAGUUCUGCAAAUU